ACGCCCUGUGGGGGCGGCGGAAGGCUUGCGGUCAGCUUUACUAACAGUCAGGGCUUAGGUUUCUGUUUGUGAAACUUUCUGUAUUGUUUGGCAGCUUCUCCCCAGCACCCACCCGAUCUGGACGCUCUCCGUGGCACAGCUGUGAUGGGAUUCCAAACCUUCGCCGCCAGUGGACAAAUACUGACAGUGCAGUCCUCGGAAUGGGGCUCCGGGCCAGCUGAGGUCUGAAAACACUUGGCUCCGUGAUGGAUAAACUCUCCAGCCCUCUUGCUGGCACAUGGUGAGUUCAAGGCCCUGAUCUAGUACGACAACGGAAUUUCAUAUCAGCCCUGAGCCUGGAAAGAUGGUGUCACAGUCCUCGGGCCAGCAGGGUUUUCCUGUGGAGCCCUGGGAAGGGGUGAGUGAUGACUCUGGUGACACUGAUGGUUCACCCCACCUCCUGGACACUGACUACCCCUCUUGCCCAUCAGACGUCAGGUUCACGAGGCACAAAGCUGCCUGGAUUAACCCCCAGGAUAUGCAACCUCAGUUGCAGGACUUGCCGUUUCAGGUGCCAACAGUGGGGAACAUUGGCAGCAACUUUGUGGGGGAUGCUACCUCUCCCUUGGGCACUUCACCAUUGUCUCUCGAGAACUCCAUGGUGGAGACAUCAUUGUGGAAGGACACUGUGGACUCCAUGGGCAGCUCAGGUCAAAAGAGCAGUGACUUUUCUUUUAACCCCACACAAGAGCGGGCAGUACCCCCAGGACGCUCUCCUUGGAUGUCUCCGUUCACAAGCUCCAAGAUUUUGACUGCUUCCCUAUGUUCUGAAGCUGACAGUGCUUGUUCCAAGCCUUCUCACCUGACAGCUUCCACUGACGAAGGUGCUGUUCAAAUCAAUAGAAGAAGCAUUUCAUUAAAUUCCUUCUCAGCAGAAGCAUUUGUGCAUCCAGUUGAUGUAGAAAAGGAAAAUGCCCACUUUUAUGCUGCAGAUAUGAUUAUAUCAGCAAUGGAGAAAAUGAAGUGUAACAUCCUGAGUCAACAGCACACAGAGAACUGGAGUAUAGAAGAAGCCAGUGGGUCACUUGGGAAUGAUCAAAGGGACUCUGAAGUGACUUUUUAUACCAAUAUAAAGCAAGAAUCCGGGUCUUCCACUUUUUCAAACAGUGGCUAUGAAGGUUGUGCUGUGUUACAGGUCAGCCCAGUUGUUAAAACACCUACUUACUGUGAUGUGGUGAAAGAGGCCUGCAAAUGUGACUUUGAUAAAUUUGUUAUUGUAGAACUUGGAAAGUUCAGCAAUACCACAGAAACCUGUGGAUGUUCCUGCAGCUCCUCUAAGAGUGUUAUUUAUGAGCCAAACUUCAAUUCAGCUGAGCUAAUAGCCAAAGAAUUGUACCAAGUAUUCCGUAAGUGCUGGAUGUUGUCAGAAGUUAAUUAUCAGCUGGCAGUUUCCCUCAAUGCAUCUGGCUCCAUAGUUGUAAAUGAAGAGUGUGUCCGAAAAGACUUUGAAUCCAGUGUGGAUUUAGGAGAGGAAAUUAAAUUUAACUCAAGGAUCAGAGGGACAGAAGACUGGGCACCCCCUAGGUUUCAAGUCAUAGUUAAUGUUCAUCCACCACAUAAGAGGGAUCUCGUGGUAGCAGCCCAGAAUUUUUUCUGUGCUGGCUGUGGAACUCCAGUAGAACCUAAGUUUGUGAAGCGGCUCCGGUACUGCGAAUACCUGGGCAAAUAUUUCUGCGACUGCUGCCACUCCUAUGCGGAGUCCUGCAUCCCUGCGCGGAUCCUGACCAUGUGGGACUUCAGGAAGUACUACGUCAGCAAUUUCUCCAAAUGGCUGCUGGAUAGUAUAUGGCACCAGCCCAUUUUCAAUUUGCAGAACAUCAGCCACAGCUGGUAUGCGAAGGCCAAGGAGCUGGACAGAGUGAAGGAAAUCCAGGAGCAGCUAUUUCAUAUCAAGAAGCUAUUGAAGACCUGCAGAUUUGCUGAAAGUGCAUUGAAAGAGUUUGAGCAGGUGCCCAGACAUUUAACCGAUGAGCUCUACCUGUUCUCCCUGGAGGACCUGGUCAGGGUCAAGAAAGGGCUGCUGGUGCCCUCACUCAAGGACAUUCUGAACGCUUCCCUUGCCCACGUGACCGGCUGUGAGCUGUGUCAAGGAAAGGGCUUCAUUUGUGAAUUUUGCCGGAGUACAGCUGUCAUCUUCCCAUUUCAGAUCACAACGUGUAGAAGAUGUUCAGAGUGCAGAGCUUGCUUUCACAAGCAGUGCUUCCAGUCCUCUGAGUGCCCCCGGUGUGCAAGGAUCACAGCUAGGAGAAGACUUUUGAAAAGUUUGCCCUCUGCAGCGACAUGAUGCCCGAGUACUGUGAAAAAGACUGUUUAACACGCCUUAUCACAACACCAAUUUGUAUCUAUUAUUGAUAACAUUAUUUUAGAUAUUGAGAAUUAUAUAUUAAGAAGAAAAAUGGUCACUAUUCUCUUUAUUAUAUCUUUAGUAUUUUAAAACAAUGCAGAUUUGUUGUCAUUAAGUGAAGGGUUGUUACUGGCAGUUUUGUUUACAAGUAAAUACUGCUACUGUUUAUUCUAAGAGAUUUUUUUAUAUUAAUAAUGUAUUUGAAUAGUUGUAUUUAACUAAUUUUGGAGCUUAUUUUUUAUGAAUUUUAACUGACAGGAUGAAUUGCUCCAUUUUUCCUGCAAAGCUGUUUGUGAAAUGGAUUGGUACUUUCACUGAUUAAAAAUACAACCAAAAA